AGGUUGGAGUUUCAUAAACACACUGCUAUAAUGCUGUAUUUUCUCGAAAAGAAUGACAAUGGCCUUCAUUGUACAUUGCGUAAAUGCAAAUGCUUUGCUAACGCGUGGUCUAUGUCACAACGUAUUUUACGGUAAUAUUAUUUUUAAAGUCGAUACAUCAGAAAUCAGUGACCUUACCCCAAACGCUUUACAUGGCUUCGUCAACUACGGAGCGAGUUUACUUGGAGGUAUCGUUUUUCUUCCCCAGAUUAACCUCAUAGGAGCCGGAAUAUUCAAUAAAGGUUUGGGGACUUUACAAGCACAAACUGCCGUAUGUUCUGAGAAAAAAAUGUUCUAGUUUGGGGAAUUUACGAGGUUUCUGUUUAGUGCCGCGCCUGAAAGUCAAAGAGCCACCGUUAUUUGGCAGUCUAUAAGCGGCACAUUUCAAAGCAUUUUCUUUGCAAUAUUUUUAAAAGGAGUCCUGUAGCGAACGUAUGCGUGUCCCUUUAAACCAGCCAAGCUCCCGUCAAUCAUAUCAAAUUCCAACCAAUCCCAACGCGCUCUGUUUUAAAAGCAGAUCUGCCUGCUGUGCUUUUAUAUUGCACCAUAGCCUGCUUCGAAGCAGUUUUUACUACUACGAUUAUUGCCACAAAUCAGGAGGGCGCAAAGUGGACGGCAUGGGACUCGCACCACAUUUAAAAAACUGGUGUGUGGUUUGGAGUCUCAUUCGAAUUGUAGGUUCGGGAAUUUUCAUAUCGAGAUGGUAGCGUAUUUAACAGGAUAGAUGAUGAAAAUAACGUUUUCUAGGUGAUUCCAAAUCACGUGAUAUGUUAAAUUUGCGAGAUCACAGCCAUACCCAUAACAAAGCAUGACUAGUCUGCCGAGGUUUAGUGAUUGCCCUCUUUCUUACGUCUGUCCUGGGGAGAACAAUACUGAAGCCAGCGUGGUGCUGCCACCUUUGGCAGGGGCGCAUACGGGACACCCCACUGGCAGUCCCUUAAAACUCUGCCCCUCGCACAGUUCACAAGACUACCCUGAGACUAGGUCCAGUACUUAUGAUGGUUAUUUUGUCCCUCAGACUCCAGACUCUGGAUACUCCAGCCAUCGGUUAGAACAUGGUCCAAGGAGCUCUGUUGGUGGAGCUGAUCUCCUUGGAAAAGGCAUGCCACCCGUAAAUGAUGAACUGGCGGCAAGAACCUCUCAACAUGGCGUUAUUGGAAAGUAUAGUGACCUCACCAGCUAUAGAGAAAGGAGAAGUCGAGCAUUUUUCACUGCUUACCACGAACAGGCCCAGGGGUAUACCCAUGGAGCUCAAGAUCUCGGCAGCCAAAUGAUGCUCGGUCUACCAGGGGACUUUCUCUCAAGAACAAACCCCUAUAGUCAUUCCCUUGGCAGCCAAAGGGGCAGCAGACAACAGGUAGUCACCCAGUUUAUGACUUUCUACAAACCACUGAACAUGGCCAUACCACGAACAGGAAGCGACUCCAACCUCAGGUUCUCUAGGCAAAAUAUAAAGUGCGAGAUGGUCUGCAGGUGGAGUGGCGGCCAAGAGGAGCCUGGGAAGCGGCCUUGCGGGACGAAUUUUGAGACAAUGUAUGAACUUGUCACCCACAUAAUGAUGGAACACGUAGGGGGACCAGAGCAAGCAGAACACAUUUGCUACUGGGAGGACUGCUCGAGGGAGAGGAAGCCAUUCAAAGCCAAAUACAAGCUGAUAAACCACAUCAGAGUCCACACUGGGGAAAAACCCUUCCCAUGCCCCUUCCAUGGCUGUGCGAAAUUCUUUGCAAGAUCAGAGAACCUGAAGAUUCACAAGCGAACACAUACAGGUGAAAAGCCUUUCAAGUGUGAUUUCUUGGGAUGCAAUCGAAGAUUCGCUAACAGCAGCGACCGGAAGAAGCAUUCCCACGUGCACUCCAAUGACAAACCGUACGCGUGUAAGGUCCGAGGGUGCCAGAAGUGCUACACGCAUCCCAGCUCCCUUCGAAAGCACAUGAAACUGCACUGCAAGACAUACGUGGCGAAAACCGAGGAGGAUAGAAAGGAUAACAUCGGGCACUUUGCCGAAACCAGGUCGCCCGAACUAACGCCUCGACAGAGCUCGUCCUGUCCCAAAGUUCAAACGUCCUGUUCCGGACUCCCUGCCACACCACAGGACCGUGUGUCGCUGGAGAGGGGAGAUGGCUCCUCCACGACGCCACAUUUUCUACGCAUGUACGACAACGGCCUGGAUUGCGCACGUAGAUCGCAGUCUCUCAUUGACCCUUUGCUGUUGCAAAGAGAGCAGUACAGGACUGAGAUCGUUCAGUACGCCGCCAACCAGCCAAGCUACAGUUUCGCCCCGAGCCAUCAGACCUUUCAGCCGCACAGUGGCUCACCAUUCCAAAAAAGUAUUGUGAACGGCUGGUACACAUGUCACGGUGGGCCAGAGGCCUUCUCGUCAAAGCACAGUGACAGUGACAGAUCCUCCAUGUGACUACAUUAUUGCGCGCGUGUGUGUGUGUGUGUGUGUGUGUGUGUGUGUGUAAGUUAAUAUUUAUUUUUAUCCCCUUCAGACAUGUCCUAAAUUAAUUGGCGAGGAGGGCUUGACAGCCAAGACUAAUUGUGUGGUUUUGUUAUUGUUUUUGAUUCUAUGUAAUUCACCAGAACAAUGAAUUUGUUCCUCAGAAUUUUCAGUGGACGUUGUGCCUUUAGAUUGAGCAUUCACACCACCAUGCACCUUGCGACUGAUAGGCUUUAUAUGACCAGAAUUGGCUUGGCUUAAUUAGCUUGCUAUGUGACAGUUCCUUACUAUUUCACUACAAUAAGAAAGACUGAAAAGUCAUUGCGUCUGUUUUUUUGGGUUGUAAGUGAAAGCAUCUGCCAUUUAUGUACCUUUGAUGAUAAUUUGUUAUUUGUUUUGCUUGCUUGCAGUAUAAUGGAGCAAACAGAGAGUCGUUGUGUAGGCCUACUGGUAUGUCUUAAAUGUUAUGCUGCCUUUUUGACCUUUUAGAUGGGAAAGGAAGCGCCAGCAGUUUAAGAUCGUGGAAAUCCUUGUAUUAACGUUUGAGAGGUCAAACAGGGCAAUUCGGCUGAACCACGAAUUCUAACAAUGGAAUUAAGUAAAUGAUGGUUGUGCUUUUCUUGUCCCGGUUAUCUGAGCAGCGGACAAUGCAUAAUGGCAGUUAUCUUGCGUUUGGGUUGCAUCGCCAUUCAAAUUAGCCAAACUGUUUUGUACAAUUGUUCUUGAAACAUGUGUUCCAGAAUUAACACGUAUAGUAGAAUAGCAACAAGGGGCUAUUUGAAAUGGCGAUGCGUAGUGUAUUUGUAUUAUUUUGAUUGUUCACGUGUUUAUAUGAAUAAUAUGUUUAUCAGGGAUGAAAUUAUUAAUCUGUUUAUCCAACAUUAUGUAUUUUGUUCUUGCAUCACCUUUCCAAAUACUUUGAAAUCAAACAGUCAGUUGAUGUGCUAAAUAUCGUAUUCAAUGUGAACGAGGCCCGUUCAUCGUCAAGCAGGUCUGUAUUUUUUUUUUUUUUUUCAACAGUUAUAGUGUCCGCCUUGGUUGGUGAAGCUAUUCGUUGAUUGGGCCUCCUGCUCACGUGCUGUCCUAGAUUUUUCUCUCUCUUUAUUUACGGGAUAUUACAUUUUCACACGGAUUAUGUGAGCUAUAUGCACAGACCUACUGUAUGUAUAGGCCAGGGCAUUGUUUUAGUUCAGUGGACAGUGCAAAGCCUCUGUGAUAAGAAUGAAGAUAUUUAAUUUGAAAUUCUACUGUAUAUACUGUAAUAUUAAUUAUACAUACACACAUUCAUUAAAGUAUGUGUAUUCUCUUUGA